AGAAGUUUUCGAAUAAUGGCGGGUAAUUCUACUAUUGCUGGCUUUACCGACUCUGGAGUCCGGACAGUUACAGAUGCCCCAAAUGUAGCAGACGAUGUCAUGGCUGUGGCAAAGAAAAUGCAUUGGGUGACUAGCACUAUAUUUGGUUGCAUUUUUGUCAUUAUUGGACUCAUUGGGAACAUCUUCUCCAUUCUCAUCUGGAGCCGAAAAUCCAUGCGAUCUUCUACUGGGAUAUAUCUCAUUGCUCAAGCGCUGGCGGAUAUGGGUCUCCUGAUUUUCUUCUUUAUCACAGACAGUCUGCCGAUGAUGGCGCCCUCUGUGAAGGCUAGCUACGCGUUUGGAGUGUUUUUCUCGUAUAUUGGGUACCCUAUUUUCUUUCUGUUUGUUGUAUGGAGUAUCUGGAUGACAGUUGGGGUGACAGUAGACCGCUAUAUCCAAGUUUGUUGGUUCACGAAAGCAAAGGAGAUGUGCAGCGACAAGAGAGCUGGUAUCGGGAUAGGAAUCAUUGCUCUUCUUUGCUUUUUGAUAAACACACCCCAUUUUAAGACCUUCUACCCGAUUCCUGAGUCCGACAGAAAUCCAGAAGAUGAUGCCUUCUCUCACACGGAGUUUGGAGCCAGUGAAGGAAGUCAGCGCUAUGAAUUCUGGGUACACUGCAUGUUUCUGGUUCUGGUUCCAUGGCUUACAAUCUUCAUCCUAAAUAUGCUGAUCAUCUGCCGCGUUGUCAGGGCCAACAGAGGCAUGUCGACCCGGAAGAGCAUAAAAGGACAGGAGAAGGCCAAGAGGGCAGAGAACCAGAUGACCCGCCUUCUUUUGACCGUGACAUUCGUUUUUCUCAUCCUUAUUGCCCUUCAGUGUAUAACGCAAUGCUUCUUCAUGAUGCAGCCAGAAACGGCCGAUCUGCGCAUUGUUAACGAGGCAUUUUCUGUCGCCAAACUUGGAAUCGUGAUCAACUCCUCUAUCAACUUUUUUCUCUACUGUCUCAGUGCACGCAAGUUCCGCAAAGAGUUGUUCAGAGUUAUUGGAAUCCGAAAGGGAGAAAGAGAGGAGUCCUUCUCAAGCUCCACGGCAUCUACCACAUUAUCUACGGCCAAAUUCAAAAUGUCCUAUAAAGCCUAAUCAUGGAGAACGCCACAUACGAGUA